UGUGGUCCUUAACCAUAUGUCUGACGCCAUAUAACCGUAAAUAAAAUGUGUUGAGUGCGUCGUUAAAUAAAACAUUUCCUUCCUUCCUUCCUAAAAUUAGCGUAAAACAAUUUCCCAGAAAACGCCUUUAGAAUAUUCAUAAAAACUACAUUAUUUACCAGGCACAAAGACAAGCUAUGGUGUAUUGCAAAUACAUUGGGAAUUCAAGCUAAUAAGACAAACAAAUUGUAAUAUGCAUAAACAUGAGACUAUCGUUACACAAUUGCGUUUUUGGUCUAAUUUCAAUAUAAAUAGUUUUAAUGAAAAAGCCUUUGGGGAUAUUAUGGAAACGAAAACUACUAAAUUCUUAUUCCAAAUUCCGCCCACCUCUAACUUGUUAAAACAUGUUAAAACAAUCGAUCAAACGGAAUUUUAUCCCAGGUUUAUUUAUGAGCCCAUGGGAUGUUUUCAAUGUGUAAAUAAACACAGUUUGCAAUUGAGGAAAUAUUUACAUCAAUGAUAUUAAUGUCAACGUUUGGUCACGGCAUUUAGAUGAUUACAAAAGCCACACUUUUUAACACUGGAUAGAGAGAAGAAAUGUCCUGCAGAAUGUUGAAAUAGAGCAGCACCUGUAUGUAACGGUCACUCAAGUGACUGUUAUGGACAGGUGGCUCUUAUUUACAGGUAAAUAAAAACACAUAUGAAAUAAUUUACCAUGAAAGCUACUACUAAACUGGAAUGCAUAAAAGUAUGAACAGUUGUCACAAACGUUAAAAAUAAUAGAGAAAAUAGCUUAAAUAUUUUUACUACAUAAAGAUGUUAUUCAAAGAAUAAAUUGAACUCAUUUUGUUAAAAGUUUGUUAUUCACCUUUUGAAAAAGUCAUUUAUCUUUGAUAGCUUUCUUCUGCAUUUUGUUACCUAUUCAAUUAGUCCACCAGGCCAAAUGUAACUAACUUAAUUCGAUAUAAUAUUAUAUAGAAACUGGUCUAGCAACAGAUAGUGAAAGGAGAAAAACAGAAAAAGGUUUACAAUAGCCCUUUGGAAAGUCCAAGUAUUUCGUAUAAAAAUAGCUGUUCGGGAAGCCCCGAAAACAUGGACGACGAAACGUGGGUCAAUUCUAUUGGCUAAUUGUUUGCCGCCAGUCAGCUGUAGGUCAUUGCAACAUCCAUGUAUCAAUAGUUCAGAAGUGCUUAACGGGAAUAACUAAAGUAUCAACGACCCAGUCUACCUGUACCAGUAUAUCCAGAGACCUAACAGCUAGACUGCUGUCCAGUGCGGACUUCACGAGGUGUACAAAAUCAGACUGAGUCCAUUGCACACACGACAUCAGUGGGUUUUAACUUUUACUACAUUACAAAUUAACACAACAUGUAAUAAGAUGGAUCAAGAGCUGAAAGUAUAUUUCCCAUCAGGUCUAAUAUCACGAAAAUAUCUGCUGCUGUUUCUUAUUUUUGGACUGGGUUCCUCGCUGGUACCUCUUUUCCUGGCCCAGCCAGACACCCCAGAAGUCUGGUGUAUAAACUGGAAUGCCAUCUUUGGACAGAUAUAUGUUUAUGCUAGACUUGCAGCUUCGGUAAUCUCGCGAUAUUUGCGGAACUAUUACAAGAAUUACGGUACGCUUCGCAUCCUUCUGUAUUUGACCUUUGUCUCGUGCUUUAGCUAUAUUUGUGUGGUGCAUGGUUUGGACCAAGCAGCAACGAUGACGUGGGAAUGGCUUGAAGGCAACGUCGUACGUAGACUCGACGACAGUGUCAUCAUCAUCGACGAAAACCGAAACGAAUCGACCUCAAUGAGAAGGGUUCAAGAAAAGCCGAAGUCAAUAGAAGAACAUUUUAGAUAUAACGGGGAAGACGUUUAUUUUUAUUGUUACGAUGCAAUUACAUUUGAUGUCGAAGUUGAACCCGCUGACAAACCGGUCAUCUGGAGGCAUGAUGGUGAACUCGUACUGCCUUCAGACAAAGUUAAAAUUCAAUUCACAUUCUUAACUGCGGCAGACAAGACAAUAGGCGAGCAUAACUCCACGUUAUAUACCUAUGUCAUUGAGUCAACGUUAAAGAUUUACCUCGUUGAAGACUCUGAUUUUGGAAAUUACACUUGCCAUCUAAGGCAGACAGCAAAGGGAAAACAUAAAGUAUCCCAAACAAAACCCAGGAAGCAGCGAAGAUCUGAAAGUAGAAAGCAGCAGAUGCCUAAACCCGUGUUUAAACGCCAUCAUAGUAGUGUAUUUCCACCGUGCAUCUGUAGAUGUAUUUGUAUUCUUAUUAGUUUGGAAGAUGUGGUUAGGCAAUUCGAAGAAAUGCUCUCAGAAUUCUAUAGCUAUAUAGAAGUCCGGCGGCAAAUGCAAAUGUUUAACGAGAACUUAAGGAAAACGAAUAUUUAUGACUGGACUGGUGAAUUCAUGUUAACAAAGAUAAAUAAAACGGUGUUGACCAGGUCGGCUCCUCCUGGCGGAAUUGUGUCCAUGAGCCUUUCCUAUUUAAAUUUGGCCGAAAAGCAAGAUGUAUCACUUGACUAUGUGAUUAAUGAUAAAGCAUUCCAUGAAGUCUGUACUGGUAAUUUAAAUGGCUGUUCUCUCUUUGUCUGGAUAUAUUGGGCUUUUUGGCAUGCCAAAGGCCAUUUUGGAACACUACCAAAUAUGUUUCUGUAUUGGCUCAACAUGCAGAGUUCCAUUUUAGGAAUUGCGUGGCACUGCGCAUGCCCGUCGUCCUACGGCAGUCAUGUUUUCCUGUUUUACAGACAUUUUUACAACGUUACGAGUGGAAGAAACGAGGUAAUCGAAGUGGAACACCCUCAGUCUAUCAAACUUAUUCCCCGAACACCAGAUAUACUCCUGGCUUUCCAGAAUGAAUCCAAGCCAAUGCUACUGGGUGACUCUCUAUCCAUAAUGGGUUCAUACUAUUGGUUGACAUAUAUUCAGGAAUUACACAGGAAUUACUUUCUGAUAGAAAAUAUGAUAUUUUUUGGAUUGUUGGUGUUUGGUGUACUAAUAACAUAUGCCAUCAAUAAACUGAUGGUGCGCCUGAUUGUUGCUUGUAGGAAUGUGAUCCUAGAAGGACCUUUUUGGCAUGGUUCACGAGUGAAGAAAAUAGGGGAAACUCUAGGCAGUAUUGGCCACCUUGGCUUGUCUUGUAAAUACGACGUCUAUAUAUCACAUGCCGAUUCUCAGCGGGACUUGGCAUCUGCAAUGGCGUCCAUUUUGGAGUCUUUUGGAAACAAGGUAUUUUACAGAGAACGUGAUGUCGCCAUUGGAGACUACAAAACUGAAUCUGUUUCCAAUGCCAUUGUCUCCAGUCGCAUGUUCCUGAUCAUUGUCUCCAAGGAAUACAUCGAAAGCGGUUUUCAAAACGGGUUUGAGUUCCAACUCAUGUUGUACCAAAUAAACGAGAAACAGGUUGCUGGGAAGAAUGUCAUGCUUCUUAAGCACGGACCAUGUAACAUAUCGACAUAUUUCGGUUUCACCGACAUGAAAAUACUGGAUAUGAACAAGCUUUGUCCUGAAGAAUUCUCUAAACUGUUUAAGAAUUGGUUCAUUGGACAGGAGUCAAACAAAACAUUCUUGUCAGUUAUAACAUUGAGUGGUUUGUGUGCGUGUUUAGGCAUCGCGUUGUUUAUGCCAAAGCAAGUCAUUGUAACUGCUAUUAAUGUGUUAAAAACACUCUUCUUGUUUUGGUUGGAGGAUGUUUCGGGCGUAUGAAAAGUUAAAAAUUAAAGUUAAAAGUUG